GUUCAGUCGCAACAGACUGCCUGCCAAUAGCCUGCCUGUUGAUAGCCCCUGGGGCUGGGCAGGCAAACUCUGUCUGCAAGGCCCAAAGGAUAUACGCUACCUUAUUACGGUUGUUGCCGAUGGUCUCACACGGGUCUCUUUGCAAUUCUCAGAGAUUACAAGUGACACUGCGUCGUUUGCUGCAGCCUCCUCAGAUUGUCCUAGUGCAGCUGUCUGGUGCGCCAACAAACAUUGGGGACCACGAGGAGACGCCCACUAGUGCAAGCAGCAUUCUCGUAGCUGUAGCUCUUGGGAUAUUAAGUUCCAUUGAGACACCGAGUUGCCGACUCCUUGUUACAUCUCCUCUUUGGUGUUUCCCUAUUGGUGGCGCCUAUCUUUUGCCCAACCUGUCUCCUGUCCCCUAUCCAGCGCAUAUGGUAAUAAAGCGUCUUGUCCGAUCACUCGCAGCCCUCAAAAUGGCGCCAGUUCAACAUCCGCGCUUUCGAAAGGUGCAGAGCUUCAAGACUGACUAUGCUCCCACUACCAUAACUCAGUAUGAGUCGGAGCGCAGUGGCAUGCAGGUCAUCGUGGCCGACAGGGAAGGGCCCAAGAUCAACGGCUACUUCACCUUGGCCACCGAGAUAUUCGAUGACUCCGGAGCCCCACACACCCUUGAGCACCUUGUCUUCAUGGGCUCCAGGAGCUACCAGUAUAAGGGCCUCCUAGACAAGUUGGCGUCAAGGGCGUACUCCAGCACAAAUGCCUGGACAGCUGUUGACCAUACGGCAUACACCCUGGAGACCGCAGGCUGGGACGGCUUCGCCCAGAUCCUGCCCGUCUAUCUGGAGCACGUCAUCCUCCCCAACAUCACAGAUGAGGCCUGUAUCACCGAGGUCCAUCAUGUGGAUGGCGAUGGCAAUGACGCAGGCGUGGUCUAUUCUGAGAUGCAGGCCUUGCAAUACAGCAUGACCGAGCUGAUGGAUCUCCGCGCACGGCGGCUCCUCUACCCCGAGAAUGUCGGGUUCCGUUACGAGACUGGUGGCAUGAUGGAAGCUCUUCGUGCAUUGACGCCCGAGCGGAUUCGCGAAUUUCACAAGGAGAUGUACCAGCCUCGGAAUCUAGCCGUUAUCAUAGUCGGAGAGACGAAUCAUGAAAACUUGCUUCAGAUCCUGGACGAAUUCGAGGAGAGCAUAAAAGACUCUAUACCUCCACUGGAUUCCCCAUUCAGACGCCCUUGGAUAGACUCUCCCCAGCCACCACCCAUAAAGGAGACCAUCGUCGAGACGGUUGAGUUCCCCGAGGAGGACGAGUCAACAGGCGACAUUGCCAUUGCUUUCUUCGGACCCAACUGCACCAACUUGAUUGAAACAUCUGCUCUGAACAUACUUAUGACUUACCUUUGCGGCUCGUCGGUCUCAGUUCUAGAGAACAUCAUGGUGGAGAAGGAGGAGCUCGCUAGCUCUGUCUCAUACUGGUGGGACAGCAGGCCCAACACUACCAUAUGGUUCCAGCCCACAGGCGUUGCAACCGAGAAGCUCGAGUUCGUGGAAAAGAGGCUGCACGAGCUGCUGAAGGAGGUUGCGUCUAAACCACUUGAUAUGACCUACAUGAAAGAGUGCAUCAACCGAGAGGAGAGACUCGUCAAAUUCCAGGCGGAGAGUUCUGAGCAGUUCUACUCGAACAAUAUCAUCACUGACUAUCUGUUCGGUAAGCGGGACGGUUCAACCCUCAACGAGCUGCGCACACUGCAGGAGUACGAAGUCCUGGGUCAAUGGACAGAGGAACAGUGGAAGACAUUCCUUAGAAAGUGGCUCGUCGAUGUCCACCAUAUCUCUACACUUGGCAAACCCUCAAUGGCUCUGGCGACCAAGUUGAAGCAGGCAGAAGAGGAUCGCGUUGCAAAGAGGAAAGAGGAACUAGGGCCCGAAGGAUUGAAGAAGCUCGGAGAGAGAGUCGAAGCAGCCAAGGCAAAGAACGACGUCGUGAUUCCCGGAUCCUUCAUCGACCAGUGGCCAGUUCCAGGAACCGAAUCCAUCCACUUCAUCGAAUCGAGCACUGCCAGGUCUGGGAGGGCAAAAGACAUCGGCCUGAGCAACAAUUCGGCCCAAAAAGCGAUUGACGCUGCCAAGCCAGGGUUGCCGCUGUUUAUCCAAUUUGAAGACGUGCCGAGCAACUUCGUCAACAUCUCAGUCCACAUCGGGACGUCCCAGGUACCGGUGGAGCUUAAGCCACUUCUUUCCAUCUUCAUUGACAACUUCUUCAACACGCCAAUCAACCGCGACGGCAAGCUGAUCGACUUUGAGGAUGUGGUGAUGGAGCUUGAGAAGGAUACGAUCAGCUAUACCCUUAAUGGCGGGGGCAAGAUCUACGAUCCCGAGAGCAUGCUGAUCAGUCUCCAGCUUGAGCCAGAGAAAUACACAACCAUCAUUGAAUGGAUCCGAACUCUCAUGUUCGACAGCGUCUUCGACAUCAGGAGGAUCAAGGCAUGUAUAUCAAAGGCAUUGGCAGACAUCCCCGAAGCCAAGCGAGACGGGAGGGCCAUGUCUCUUGAAGUCGACUGGGCAGUGCAUAUUAAGAAAGAGUGGUACCCAAUGACGAAGAGGACGCUUGUCAGAGCCGUCUAUCUCCGCCGGCUGAAGAAGCUACUGCAGAAGGAGCCCCAGAAGGUCCUGGACAUGUUCGAGCAGCUCCGCAAGCUCCUGUUCUCCUUCCACAACGUCCGGGUCCUGGUCAUUUCCGACAUCGCCAAGCUCAGCGAGCCCGUACAGUCCUGGGAUGUUCUCACCAAGUCGUUCGGCAGCGACGGGGCGGGCAAGGACCUGCAGCCCAUCAUCAAGACGCACACCAUGCUCAACGAGGAGGGCCAGGCGCCCGGCAACACCGGCGCCGUGAUCAUCCCCAUGACCACCCUCGACACAUCCUACAGCGUCAGCACGACCAAGGGCCUCACCUCGUACGAGGACCCGCGCAUCCCCGCCAUGCUCGUCGCCAUAGGGUACCUCGAGGCGGUCGAGGGCCCGCUCUGGAACGCGGUGCGCGGCAGCGGGCUCGCGUACGGGACGCACUUCAGCCGCGAGAUGGACUGGGGCUUCCUGCAGUACCGCGUGUACCGGUCCCCGGACUCGAGCAAGGCCAUCGACACGUCGCGCGAGACGGUCGCCAGGAUCGCGUCGGGCGAGGUCCCGCUGGACAAGCACCUGGUCGAGGGCGCCGUCAGCAGCAUCGUCUCCAGCUUUGCCGACGAGCAGGCCACCAUGUCGUACGCGGCGCAGCAGAACUACAUCCUCGGCGUGGUCAGGGGCCUCGACCCGGCCUGGACAAAGAAGAUCCUCGCGCAGGUGCGCAACGUGACGGGCGACGAGAUCAGGGAGGUCAUGGCCGAGCUGAUCCUGCCUGUCUUCCAGCCUGGCAAGAGCAACGUUGUCGUGACUUGCGCGCCAAUAAUGCAAGAGAACAUGGACAAGGCAUUCAAGAACAUGGGAUAUAAGACUCAAGUCCGGUCCCUUUCGGACUUCUACGACGCCUACGGUCUAGAGGGAGACGACGAGGAUGGCAAAGAGGACCCCGAAGACGAUGAAGAAGAGGAGGCUUCGGACUCAGACGAGGAUAUGUCCGAGGACGGGUCUGGUUCUGAAGACGAAGACGACGAGGAGUGAAGUAUAGGAGCCCCCUUAUCCAGCCGGCUCCUCCCACAGCAAGAGCGAUGAUUGCUCUCCACGAGGGCUCUCCCACCCUUGCAACCCAAGACGUCGUACAUAGACACUGUUAAUAGACGUGUGUAGUAAACCGACUGACCGAAAUGGAUUUGGCUGUCCCGCAUCCAGUAUGUCGUAGUCGUAAUCGUAGUCCACCUGCCCGCUAAGUCGUUAGUACGCCUAGUAUGUAAUGCACACGUAGCCUUCCUCCUGCGAUUGCCUGCCCCCUUAUUGUCGCCUCAAACCCAUCCACCCUGCCACCCCGUCACCAGCAUGCCAGUCGACGACCAAACCGCUUGUGUCUUGACGCAGCGAAUUCCGCGCCGGGGGUGCCCCCAGGACUUUGACAAUAAAGCCCACAUGGACGUUGUCAAGGGAACGUUGAACAACACCCCGCGAGAUCACCGUACCAGAAAAAAAAAGCAUAACAUCACGUCUCGCGCACACCGUGCGCCACGUCCCAUAUCUUAUCCCCUCCUCCCCCUUCUGGGAAAGACGGCCGGGAAAGCUUUGACCAGGCCGUCUGGCUGGCAGGCUAGAAGGGUGUGAAACAGCCCAUGCUAGACGACACAUCCCGUUCUGGCACCUGCGAUCUGCAAGCAAAGACGGCGCAUCAUGCCCGGGGAGCGGGCCAAGGACAAGUUCCUGCGACAGGACCCUGGGGGUUGCAUUUCUGCCGCGGCCCUGUGUCCUAAAGUUCG